GGCUGUGAUUUUGUAAAAAUAAUGAAUGUAACUGAGAAAGUGCUCAAAAGACCAUUUCCUUAAUGUUACAAAAGGAGGGUGAAUGUCCUCUUUAAAGUUUACUUUGCACAGCUAUUUAGAAAGCAAUUGCUUUAAUUGUAUAUUUCCUUUCUUUUCCUACUGAGUUUCAGUAAAACAUAUUGACAAAGGUUAUUCCAAACAGGGAGCCUUAUUUGUCUGCAGAGAAAUGUUCAGGUUGCCAUACUGAUUUAUCAGUUAAGCUUCAGUGCAGCCCUCUAGUGGAUAAACUGUCAGGAAAUUAAAAAUAUUUCACUUGGAUUUAAAAAGAUACUGACCCCCUAUUUUAAAAUUCUAUAAUGUUUUAGCAGGGUAAAUGGGUUAUUUAAAUGAAAAUACCCAUCAUACAUUUACAACAUUACCACUUGCAAACAGUCAGUAUCAUUUCUAGAGAGUGGGAUAUUUCUGUUUAACAAGACCCUCUUCUUUCAUAGUGCCCAAACCCAUGAAUAUUUAUUCUAUUUACCAACAUUAAACACAACAGAGAAAGCAGGGGGUGCUGUAUAGGAAGCAGUUAAACUUGCCCAAACACAACUGAGCUGCUGAAUGGAAACACAGAGAGCAAACAUGUGGGAAUAGGAAAUAACAGGACUUCUGCUUAUUAUUUUACACGUACAGAAUAGAAACCCUGCCUAUUGGUGGUACUGUUCCUUUAAGGGGCAGCACGGCGCAAGCUGCACAUUUAGACAGAGCAGAUUAAGCUGCGGCUCUGGGGACACUGUCGGUUCUAGUGAGACCCACCAAUGCGAGGUGUCCUAAUCAUACAGGCUCUGUAUUUAUUGCUGUUAGACCCUGGGGGAAGGUGGACUCUGACCUAUACUCCUUCAGCUGUUGUUGAACUACAACUCUCAAAGGUAAAACUGUACCCAAAACGCUGAUUUUCCUCUGUUCUUGUCUCUCUCAUUGAGCCAGGAAAGGCUGCACUCUGUUCCCUAGUUAGUUGCCAUGUGUGACUACUGAAUGUUACACAAUACUUUGCAGCUGGCUUGGUGUAUCAAUUAAAAGUCAGAAACAACACUAAGUGCUCCCUAGGAAAGCACCUCUGAGGUUUCUCGGCUACCAGACUCCCUCCCCACCUCCCUUCUCUGCUCCCCUCCCUCCCCUGCCUCUACCGCCUCCCCCUGACAGUUCCACCUAUGGAGUAAAUUUCAGCAGACACCAGAAUGGGCGGUGGAGUUGAAAGAGAGGAGAGGUCUCCCCAUGUAUCUCCAGCCGAUAAUCAUAGGAGUUCCCCUUGGAUAUGGGAAGUAGCAGGAGUUUUAGGUGCAGGAUCCAUGCAUCUGAUUGGGUGCAGACUUGGGACAAUUGAGCUUCUGGGGUGAAAUAAAGAAGAAGGUGCUGCUGGAGGCAGAAAUUUAGGGUGACCCUACCCAACCUGGCAGGACCUGGAUUUUGCCUGGACUUUCUCCUUUUGAACAACAGCCAUGCUCUGCUCGGGGUGCCUCUCUGUGGAUCUGUCUGGGGAUGGGAUUUUGCUGGAGUUUGGAGAUGGAAGGGGUUAACAAUUUAAAGGGAAAACCUUUUUUAACAUUUGGGCAGGGGUGUUGCUGGAGAAGAGGGAUGAAAGAGGGUCUAAAACAUUAAGCUUCCCCUUCAUUUUGGGUAGGGAAACUGCUGGAGCUUGGGAGGUGGAGGAAGGUGUACCAAAUUUAAGGUGGAAGCCCCUCUAGCUGCUUAGUUUACAUUAAAAGAAGGGGUGUAACUCAAGAGGGGGUAAUGGAAAAGGUAUCAAAUUUAAAGGUGGAAUUUGGGGGGAAGAUUUUGAUAAUGGAAGGAAGGAAUGUAAAACUUUAGGGGAAAGUUCCCAAGGUUCUUUCUGUUAUAAUCAAGCUAUGGAAGGUUGUCAAACUUUAAGGUGAAACCUCUCCUGGCUUAAUAUCCAGGGGUGCCACUGGUGGUGCUGAAGGACAGCGACCGGACCCAGCUAUGAACUUCCCCAGGGAUUCCUUCACACUGAACGUCGGGGGCGCCAGGUAUUCUUUCUCCCAAGAAGUGAUUAAGGAUUUCCCCCUUCGCAGGGUCAGCAGGCUGCAUGGCUGCUCUUCGGAGCAGGACGUGCUGGAGGUUUGCGACGACUACGACCAGGAGAGGAACGAGUAUUUCUUUGACAGACACUCAGAGGCGUUCGGCUUCAUCAUGAUGUACGUGAAGUAUGGGAAGCUGCGAUUUGUGCCGCAGAUGUGCGAACUCUCCUUCUACAACGAGAUGAUUUACUGGGGCUUAGAACGUUCCCAGCUGGAGUACUGCUGCCAGCGGCGCCUGGAUGAGCGCAUGUCGGACACCUACACUUACAUGUCGGAUGAGAGCAAGCCAGACGAGAGUUGCAACCUGAAGGAUGAGCAGCAGCAGCAGCAGCAGCAGGGACCCAGUGAUAAGAAGUGGAAGGAGCGCAUGAGGAUUACUUUUGAGGAGCCCACCUCCUCCCUAGCAGCUCAGAUACUGGCUGUGAUUUCCAUCAUCUUCGUGAUCGUGUCCAUGGUGGUCCUGUGUGCCAGUACCCUGCCCGACUGGAAGACCGCACAGAAUCACAGUGCAGAGGAGCACAGGUAUACAGCCAGUCUGUGGGAACCUUCGGGGAUAAUCGAAGCAAUCUGUAUAGGGUGGUUCACCGCCGAAUGCAUAGUGAGGUUCAUUGUCUCCAAGGAUAAGUGUGAAUUUGUGAAAAGACCCUUGAACAUCAUUGACUUGUUGGCCAUAACGCCUUAUUAUGUCUCCGUGCUCAUGACUGUCUUUACAGGGGAGAAUCCACAGCUGCAGAGAGCCGGGGUCACCCUGAGAGUUCUGAGAAUGAUGAGAAUAUUCUGGGUCAUUAAGCUAGCGAGGCACUUUAUUGGCCUUCAGACCCUCGGCUUGACCUUGAAACGUUGUUACAGGGAGAUGGUCAUGCUGCUGGUCUUCAUUUGUGUUGCCAUGGCCAUCUUUGGUGCCCUUUCCCAGCUCCUCGAACAUGGCUUGGACCUUGAGGCAAAGAACGAGGAUUAUUCCAGUAUCCCCGCGGCCUGCUGGUGGGUGAUCAUUUCCAUGACCACAGUUGGCUACGGUGACAUGUACCCUAUCUCCGUCCCUGGGAGAAUACUGGGGGGAGUGUGUGUGGUCAGUGGUAUUGUUUUACUGGCGUUGCCUAUAACAUUCAUCUACCACAGCUUCGUGCAAUGUUAUCAUGAACUGAAGUUUAAAUCUGCUAGGUACGGAAGGAGCUUAUCGAAUGAAUUCCUAAACUGAUAUUGCCAGUCAUCAUCAUCAUCAUCAUCAUCAGCUACCAAGUCUACUGGUUUCAUGUGACUGCUAUCUCACUCCUUGUCAGGAACCUCCUUGUGAUAAGAAAUCUCUCUUUUUAUUGGAGAGCACAGCCAAGUGGUACAGCCAAUGGCCUUUGGGGUGUUGGAGACAUGGGACUGAACAUCACACUACUUUAUGUACCCUACAUUCCUUUAAUUUGGCAGUUAUUCCAUACUGGGGGUAAUUUAUCAACACUGGGCACGUUUGCCUGUGGGCAGUAACUCAUGGCAACCAAUAAAAUUGUAGUAUUUAUUGUUCUACCUGUAGCUGACUGGUUGCUAUAAGUUACUGCCAAUUAGCCCAGUGUUGCCUUACAAUGAGCCUUACUGUAUCACUCUAUCGGGGUAUACACUGAAAGGGGAAAUAUUAUUCUUUAUGUAUGUUGUAUGAUACUAAUCCAGAUGCAGGGGGGACAAAGUGCAAUAUUUAACACAGAAGGCCAUUUUCCACUAUUGUCAGGUAUUUUUGAUGACAAUUCCAAGAAUCUAUUUGAAUACCUAUGAACCAAGUGAGACAUCCAUGUUUUAGCAACUCUACUCUACAAGUACGUACUAUAUUAUCACAAUAGAAUAUUAGGAAUGACUAUAUAUUUUAUAGCAAAUAAAGCAAAAUGUAUGUUUUUAGUUACAGCAGAUGCCCAGCAGGUGGCGCCUUUCAGUGCUCCAUGAUCCUUGUGCUCAUGAACCAGGUUGAAAAAUGAAUUUUACUCACUAACAGACUGUGGUUAUAACCGCUUUUGUAUCUUUAUAUAUAUAUAUCUGGGCCUUUUGUAAGUGCAAAAUAUAUUUUCCUUAGAGUUCGCAUUUAUGUGAUAUGUAUUUUCUCAUGAAAAUAACAAUUAAAAAAAAUAGUUGAUGAAAUAUUAAA